UAGCCCAAAUAGCCCAUCCCUAUUAUCAAUCCGGCGUUGUGUUUACAGAAUUUUAUAAACCAAUUGCCAAAACGAUGUCGGACAACGAGUACGAGCGCUUCGAGAUCACGGACUACGAUCUGGACAAUGAGUUCAACAUGAACCGGCCCCGUGGACGCCAGAGCAGGCACCAACAGAUCUACGGCAUUUGGGCCGACGACAGCGAGGAGGAGAGCGGCGGCGAGGCCGGGGGCGGGGGCGGCAGGAGGGGCCGGUCCGCCCGGAAGCCCAAGGACUACACCAUGCCCGUCAACUUUGUAGCCGGCGGCAUUCAGCAGGCGGGCAAAAAGAAGAAGAGGGCCCUGAAUGCGGAGGAUGAGGAAGGGGGGGCUUUGGCUGGGGCUGGGGCGGAUCAGGACGAGCAGAGCGACGACUCCGCCACCAGCGGCCGUGCCGCCUUUGGCCAGAAUGAGCCGGGCAGCUCGAACAGCUCAGCGGAGGAGGAGAGACCAUCGCUGAGUCGGAAACCGGCCAGCGCCAGCGCCAGCUCCACCUUCCAGCACCGCUCGCACAUCGCCGGCGAGCGGAACGUGGGCGCCUGGGAGCAGCACACGCGCGGCAUCGGCGCCAAGCUGCUCCUCCAGAUGGGCUACGAGCCGGGCAAGGGUCUGGGCAAGGACCUGCAGGGCAUCUCGCAGCCGGUGCAGGCCCAUGUGCGCAAGGGCAGGGGCGCCAUCGGUGCCUACGGACCCGAGACCGCAGCCAGCGUGGGCGGCAAGGCCGCCAAGAGCAUCAAGGUGGACGAGGACGUGCGCGAGGCCAAGGAGUUCAAGGACCAGCUGAACAAGUGGCGCAAGGGAGCCGCGACUGGGGCCGAUUCGCAGGAGCGGCAGGGCAAGCGCUACUACUACAAGUCCGUGGAGGAGGUGAUCGCCAAGGGCAACACCUCGAGCCACCUGCUGUCGCAGAAGCUGAGCAAGAAGCUGGGCAACGUGCCGGUGAUCGACAUGACGGGCCCCGAACGGCGAGUGCUGAGUGGCUAUCACGCACUGGGUCAGGCCAAAAUAACGCCGGAGGAGACGCUCUACGACGCUGAACCCACGGAGAAGGGAGUCGCCCCCGUUUGCGUGUUCGCCAUGCCCGAACUGACGCACAACCUGCAGCUGUUGGUGAGCCAGUGCGAGCAGCAGAUCAUCGCCAUCGACAACCAGGAGCGCGAGUGCUCCAGCCAGCAGGCAGCGCUGGAGAGCGAGCACCGCAAGCUGGAGGAGAUCGUGCUGCUGGAGCGCAACCACAUUCGCACGCUGGAGGAGUCGCUGGACCGAGUGGAGCGCCUGAGCGAGAACCCGGACCUGGGCUUGCCCCAGGCGGAGCGACUCUUUCGCGAGCUGCUCGAGGACUACACUGCCGAGUUCCAGGAGUUCGGCCUGGCGGACCUGGCUGCGGGCGUAAUAGCGCCGCUCCUGAAGAGGGAACUGCUGCAGUGGAGGCCGCUGGAGCAGCCGACGGAGCCGCUGCAGCUGGUCAAGAAGUGGCGCUCGAUGCUGCAGCAAGGGGAGCCGGCGGAGCAGCAGCCGCGCAACGUCUUCGACCCGUACUCCUCGCUGAUCUGGGCGGGGGUGAUGCCCUCGUUCCGGGCCAGCGCCGCCGCCUGGCAGCCCAAGGAGCAUCCGCCCAUGGCCGCCCUGCUGGACACCUGGGCGCCCCUGCUGCCCAGCUGGGUGCUGGACUCGGUGCUGGAGCAGUUGGUGCUGCCGCGCCUGGUGGCCGGCGUCCAGGACUGGGACCCGCUCACCGACACCGUGCCCAUCGACAGCUGGGUGCUGCCCUGGCACGCGAUACUGGGCAGCAAGCUGGAGGAGGCCGUCUACCCGCAGAUCCGCUGCAAACUGGGCGUGGCGCUGCGGGCCUGGUCGCCGCAGGACCGCUCCGCCCGGGCCAUGCUCACGCCCUGGCAGCAGGCCUUCCCCGAGGAGGAGAUGCAGGAGUUCCUGCAGCGGCACAUCGUGCCCAAGCUGCAGGCCACGCUGGCCGAGUUCGUCAUCAAUCCGCUGCACCAGGACCUGGAGCUCUGGCACCAGGUGUGGGAGUGGCACGAGCUCAUCGAGCCCAUCUACAUGGCCCAGCUGCUGGACAGGCACUUCUUCCCGCGCUGGAUGCAGGUGCUCGUGGUCUGGCUGAACCAGUCGCCCGACUACGCAGAGAUAUCGCGGUGGUACACUGGCUGGAAGGGCAUGCUCAGUGAGCCGCUCCUCCGCGAGCCCAGCGUCAAGGAGCACCUGCGACGGGCUCUGGAAAUGAUGCACCGCGCCAGCGACGCCCUUCUGCAGCCCACGGUCUCGGCCACGCCCCCGCCGCCAGUUCCGCCAUCCCCCGUGAUGAUGAUGGACCUCAUUCAUCCGCCCGCCCAGCUGGAGUUCAAGGAGCUCGUCUCGCAGCAGUGCGCCGACCUGGGCAUCAUCUUCGCCCCUCUUCCGGGGAGACGGGAGAUGGGCAAGCAGAUCUAUCGCGUGGGGAAGCUCUUCUGCUACAUCGAUCGCCACGUCUGCAUGGUCAGCGAUGGAAGCUUUAGCAACUGGCAGCCGGUGGCACUCAAUCACCUGAUAGAACGCUCCCAGACUGGAAUCCUCUAGAUGAAUACAAUCGAAAAUGUAUAGACAUGCAUAAUAGAAAAUGGUUAAGAAGA